AUGCAUACAUACUGCGAAUCAUCUAAGCGGACGGUCUUCGAUGUAGGCGAUGAGGAUGUCAAUAUCUUUUACUACAUUUUCCUCUCCCAGCCGGACAGACAACUGAUCGUGCUUCCCGAUAUGAAGUUCAUCUCGGCUCUUCUUCAUUUCCCCUUGCUCGCCCAGGCAGCUAACAACAUAUACACUGGCUUCAACUAUGGCGUUUUCUGGGGUGCUUUUGAGAACGGCAAAACAAAGGCCGACUUCCUCGAUGGCUUUAUGCUCGCCAAGAACCUCAGCACGCCGGUAGUCUUCGACAGUGCGCGAUUAUUCACUUGCAUACAAUCCAACACAGCCGAUGAACCCAUCGAAGCUUUUGAUGCAGCAGUAGAGACCAAAACGAAGCUCUUUCUGAGCUUCUGGAUCACCCCUGCUAAGAGGGGAGAUUCACCUGACAACUUGGUGAAGAGAGAAAUGCUAGCGCUUGAAAAGGGCUUCAAGAAGCAUGGACAGGCCCACAGGCCCUUGGUGAUCUGCUCCACCAACUCCACCCCCAUCCGGUCAAUCUGUGGAGGUGGUCUCAGCGGCCUGCUAAUCCAAGGACAGCUUCCUGAGCUCCUUGGAAAUGGUAAAACAAAGCGCCGGGAAAACACCAGUGUGGAUAGCCGAAAUGUGACUGUUACCGAAGGAGUCCCCUCUCCAAACCCGACCGCCGUACCCCACAAAACAUGGUGCAUCACACAAGCCGACGUCUUCAGGAACGGAAACUACGUGACCGUAGCCAGGAGCCCGGAUGGUGCUGAUGGCGAAUGCAACUCGCCACCGCCAUAUCACGGCCACCCGUACAGUAUUACAUUGGGAGCAGAGGUCGAGCCCACAGAGGUCCCUAAUGAUGCAACGUGGUGUGUCACGGUGGCUGAUGUUGAUUGGAAUGGAAUACCUGUUCCAGUGGAUGCUAAUCCUGCGGGAUCGGACGUCCUCGACCCUCUGCUGGUCCGCUUCCACAUCCUUCAUCACCUGUCCCACGUGGCUCAUCAUCAGCACUUCCAACUCCAGUGCCUACCGGCACCUCUGCUGGUCCGCCUCCGCCUCCACCAGCUUCUCCUCUUCAGUCCAUCCGAUCUGUUCUCGACGCUCUAG